GUUUAGGCCUGGCCUCUAUGGUGAUCGUCUUCUUCUGCAACUCCUACUACAUCAUGAUCCUGGUCUGGGGGCUCUUCUACCUGGUGCACUCACUGACAGACACCCUGCCCUGGGCCACCUGUGGCCACUCCUGGAACACAGACCAGUGCACUGAGCUUUUCCACCUUGAGCUCUGCCAAAAUGUCAGCACUAAUGCCACUGCCAGCACUGGGACCUUCAACUUCAGCUGUGCCGACAUGACCAACAAGCGUUCACCCGUCAUUGAGUUUUGGGAGAACAAGGUGCUGCGGCUCUCUGGAGACAUCAGUGAGCCGGGGGAGAUGAACUGGCAGAUGAUCCUCUGCUUGGUCACCACCUGGAUCGUCGUCUACUUCUGCAUCUGGAAGGGCGUCAAGUCAACCGGGAAGAUUGUCUACUUCACAGCACUCUUCCCCUAUGUGGUCCUCAUCCUGCUGCUGGUCCAUGGGGUGACACUGCCCGGAGCUCUGGGUGGCAUCGUCUACUACCUGAAACCUGACUGGUCCAAGCUGGCCGAGGCACAGGUCUGGAUCGAUGCCGGCACCCAGAUCUUCUUCUCCUAUGCCAUCGGGCUGGGCGCCCUGACCGCACUAGGCAGCUACAACCGCUUCCAUAACAACUGCUACAGGGAUGCCUACAUCCUGGCUGUGAUCAACAGCUCCACCAGCUUCUUUGCCGGCUUUGUUGUCUUCUCCGUGCUCGGCUUCAUGGCCUCCGAGCAGGGUGUGGACAUCUCCAAGGUGGCCGAGUCUGGUCCUGGGCUGGCUUUCAUCGCCUACCCCAAAGCUGUGACACUGAUGCCCUUGUCCCCGCUCUGGGCCACGCUCUUCUUCUUCAUGCUUCUCGUGCUGGGGCUGGACAGCCAGUUUGUCGGCGUGGAGGGUUUCAUCACGGGCAUCCUGGACCUGUUCCCCCAGCCGGGGGCUGGCUCGCUGCGCCGCGAGCUCACCGCUGCGCUCUGCUGCAUCGUCUGCUGCCUCAUUGACCUCUCCAUGGUCACACAGGGCGGCAUGUACGUGUUCCAGCUCUUUGACAACUACUCGGCCAGCGGGAUCACGCUGCUGUGGCAGGCUUUCUGGGAGUGCGUGGUC